UUCAUGCAAAGUUUGGGAAUAAAAAGGUAUUUUUUUCACAUCGUAAGGCUUUUCCACCGGCGGCAAAUCCUCAUGUUCCAUAGUUGUUGUCCAUCCCAAAUGCGAACUAUAGGAGCAUUUCGACCUCAAUUGACACAGUUAUUGAUCCCCUCAUCUUUAAGAAGCUUCAAAGUUAGAGCUCUCUCCUCUUCAUCUCUGCCCUCCUCGAAUCAAUCUCGCGGUGGCCUUCCUCGCUUCUUUUCCCAAGUUCUACCUUCUCAUAAGGGUGAUGUUAUUCGUUUAGAAGGCGAUGAAGUCUGGCAUAUGACUAAAGUAUUGAGGUUGAAGACUAAUGAUAGGGUGGAGCUGUUCAAUGGAAAUGGAGGUUUAGUUGAAGGGAGCAUAAAGAACGUUCGUGUCAAUGGACUUGACAUCCUGGCUAUGGAAGAACCAAAAUCUGUUUUACCUCAAAGCACACAAUGGCAUGUAUUUGCAGCUUGCGGUACUCUAAAGGGUGGGCGUGCUGAUUGGCUUGUUGAAAAAUGUACAGAACUGGGUGCCAGCAGUGUAACUCCUCUGCUAACAGAACGUUGCCCUACCAUAUCUGAUAACCGGGUUCACAGAUUUGAACGUAUCACAUUGGCAGCAACUAAACAAUGUCAAAGACUGCACCAAAUGAAUCUGAAUUCUCCCUUGAAAAUUGAUGGUCUUUUGCCCCUUAUUAAUGAAACGAAGCUAUCUUUUGUAGCAGUUGCAGAAGCGACACCUCUCGUAAGUGCAUUAGCUUCAACAAAAAUAGAGUCUGGUGGGCUUUUAGUUAUCGGACCUGAAGGAGACUUCACUGAGAAAGAGGUGAGCAUGAUGAAAGAAGCUGGAGCCAUUGCAGUUGGUCUUGGCCCUUAUCGACUUCGUGUUGAAACUGCAACAGUCGCAAUCUUAUCAACCCUCAUGUUGUGGUCCGACUCAAAAUGUUCCAACUGUUAAUCUCUCUUUCAGGGUAGCUUCAAAAUCAGCACCACUGCAAAGCCUCAACAGUAUGAACGUUUGUGGUUUGAGGUAUAAUCUAUUUGAGGAUUGGUCUGUGAUGAUGGGACAUCACGAGGAAGAUUACAAUUGUGUAUUAUGAGAAAGAUUUCCUAUACUAAAAUUUCCAUGUCAUCCUUAUGGUAGGGACCUAUUGACAUCAACAAAAUUUGUAGAGUAAAUACAGAUAGUAUUGAUAUUAUGGGAGUAGUAGGAAAUUAUCCUUGUAUUAUGGUAGUUGAGUUGAAAUGCAUUUUUUGUUUUAGCGAA